AUGGAAGACAACCUGACCCUGUAUGACUCAGGUCAGCUGAGGACCGCCUGCGAGAACAGGACGGAGCACAGUCUUGAGUACGAGGUGGUGAGCAUCGUCCUCGUCCUGCUGAUCUGUGGAGCUGGCAUCGUGGGCAAUGGCAUGGUCGUGUUGGUGGUCCUCACCACAAAGCACAUGAGAACCCCAACUAACUGCUACCUCGUGAGCCUGGCAAUAGCUGACUUGGUUGUACUGGUGGCUGCAGGUCUCCCCAACAUCACCAACACCACCCAUGGGUCCUGGAUCUAUGGCUACGUUGGUUGCCUAUCCAUCACUUACCUCCAGUAUUUGGGAAUCAAUGUCUCCUCCUGUUCAAUAACUGCCUUCACCAUCGAGAGAUACAUCGCCAUCUGCCACCCGAUCAAAGCCCAGUUCAUCUGCACCAUCUCCAGAGCCAAAAAGAUCAUCCUGAUAGUCUGGACUGUCACCUCUGGUUACUGUGUGAUGUGGUUCUUCCUGCUGGACAUUAAGCAGACCAUUUACAGGGACAUGACUGUGGUGACCUGUGACUACAAAGUAUCCAGAAAGUUUUACUUGCCCAUUUACUUUCUAGAUUUUUUUAUAUUUUACGUGGUGCCCCUGGUUCUGGCCACAGUGCUGUACUGGCUGAUCGGGAGAAUUCUGUUCCUGAACCCGAUCCCCAGCGAUCCUAAAGAGAACAGCACCAAGAGGUGGAAGAGCCGGACCACUUGCCCCAAACAGGCUUCAAAGCCAACUGAUCCCCAAACAUCCAGCCGCAGUUCCAGCAGCACAGUCACAUCCAGGAGACAGGUGACCAAGAUGUUGGCUGUGGUGGUGAUCCUGUUUGCUCUGCUAUGGAUGCCUUACAGGACCCUUGUAGUUAUCAAUUCUUUCCUGAGCCAGCCCUUCACAGAUCCCUGGGUGUUGCUCUUCUGCCGAAUCUGCAUAUAUCUGAACAGCGCAGUCAACCCAAUCAUUUACAACCUGAUGUCUCAGAAAUUCCGAGCUGCUUUCAGGAAGCUGUGUAACUGUAAGCAGAAGCAAUUGGAGAAGCCCACCAGCUAUAAUGUGGCCCUUAAUUGUAGUGUCAUCAAGGACUCUUCCAAUGAAAGCCCCAGUCAUUUUAACACUGAAAUGGAAGACAUCGCUGAGCACUAUCUGUCCACCAAGGAAGUCUCCUUCGAUGACGCCAGUGCAACUCCCAAGGUAGUCAUCAGCCAUGCCUGA